AUGACACCUCCUCACACAGAGGAGCAGACCCAUGAGACCUCCUCACACAGAGGAGCAGACCCAUCAGACCUCCUCACACAGAGGAGCAGACCCAUGACACCUCCUCACACAGAGGAGCAGACCCAUCAGACCUCCUCACACAGAGGAGCAGACCCAUCAGACCUCCUCACACAGAGGAGCAGACCCAUGACACCUCCUCACACAGAGGAGCAGACCCAUGACACCUCCUCACACAGAGGAGCAGACCCAUGA